AUGAGCCGAAUUUGGUAUCCCUGCAUUGUUUGUGGGAACAGAGUAGGCGGAAUGGAGAAUCCCGAGGAUGACGAGGGAACCCUUUGGCUUUCUGAGUUCCGUGGAGUGUAUCGCCAUCACGAAGAAGGGUACAUCUUGACCGGUAUUUGUUUCUCAAUCGAGCCCGAAGAGGAGCAGUUCGGAGCUCCGCCAGCCGACGCCUCUGCUUGGGACGACCAAGGUUAUGAGAUCGAAACAAACAAUGGCACGUUCAACCCAGAACCGGUACCACUGCAGAGACUGCACGAGAUUUGCUGUUCCGUCCACAUCAAAGGUGCAAUUCUCAAUUGGGUUCCGCCGACGAUUGAGGAUAUUAUCGGCCUUGAAAUGGCAUUUAAUAGUCCCCUACGUACCUCGGAAGCUACAAAUCUUCUCGACCAGGAGCCAGAAAAUCCACAUCCAGUCGCCGAUAUACCCAACCUGCGAGAUUCUGCUGGGAACCGACUAGACCAACUCCCACAGGAGCUCACAGAGAUGAUUGCAAAGGAAUUACCCACACAGGAUUUCAUGAACGCGAGGCUAACAGCAAGAUCUUUCUCGCCCAUGUAUCACAGCCAAUCCUUUUGGCGCUCAAGAUUCGCCCCCGGAGGCGAGCGAUCAUGGCUCUUUGAGGCCCUAGAUGCUCACGAGACUAUUUAUUGGCGAUCACUUUAUCGCAAGACGAAUGAAGCUCGCUUGACCUUGGGGUUACGAAACAGGAAGAGGAUCUAG